UUUAAUGAUGUAAAAUUAGCAGUUCUGACUUCUAACUGCUAUUAUUUAUCUAAUGUUUAGUAUUGACUAAAAGUAGAUUACAUUCAACAAUUAACAAUUUUAAUACGAUUUUGUUUAUACUGCAAUAAUAAUAACCAUUUUGUAGCUACCACAACGUUAGGGAUGUCUGAAUCGUAUGAAUAUUUAUUUAAGUUUCUUAUAAUAGGAAGUGCUGGUACUGGAAAAUCGAGUCUUUUAAAUAACUUUCUAGGGAAUAAAUUCAAAGAAGACAGAUGCCAUACUAUAGGGGUAGAAUUUGGGUCGAAAAUAAUAAAUAUUGGAGGCAAAUCUACUAAACUGCAAAUUUGGGACACAGCUGGCCAAGAGAGGUUUCGUUCAGUGACUCGUUCAUAUUAUAGAGGAGCUGCGGGUGCCCUUUUAGUAUAUGAUGUUACAUCUCGAGACUCAUUCAAUGCUCUAAGUAAUUGGUUGCGAGAUGCUCGCACACUCGCCAGCCCUAACAUUGUCAUACUACUUGUUGGUAACAAAAAAGAUCUGGAAGGCUCUAGAGAAGUCACCUUUACUGAAGCUAGUCAAUUUGCACAGGAAAAUGAAUUAAUGUUCCUUGAAACGAGCGCCAGGACCGGAGAAAAUGUUGAGGAGGCAUUCUUAAAGUGCUCCAAAACAAUACUUGCUAAGAUCGAAACCGGGGAAUUGGAUCCUGAGAGGAUAGGUUCGGGGAUACAGUAUGGGACGGGCACAUCAAAGAAAUUGGCGGCACCAAAAAAACCUGUGAAGCCUCCAUCAGAUUGCGCCUGUAACGUUUAAUAGUUUGCCCGGAAAGGCUUCAAGCAACAUAUGACAUAUGUAGUUUUGUAAAUUGUGAUUCUAGAAAUAAAUUACCUAAGAUCUGGAAUCUGUUGCAGAUUCGUUUUGUGAAUGUCUGGUUGUUGAAAAAUUGCUGUAAUUGUAUCUCCAGUGCUCUCCUAAUAUAUUUUUAUAUUCUAGCUUGAGUUUAGCAUAGUUUAGAUGUAAGCACAAUAAUUUGUAUCAUUAGAUGCACUUUAUAUAAAAGCGAUUAUUUGCGAA